UUUCGUUUCCUGUAUGUCUUUAACGUUCAUGUCUUCCAGGCACUAGAGCAAUCACUUCCAGAAACUACCUAUAAUAAGGAAUACUUGGCAGAUCUCAUGGAUUGUCCGCACAUUAUGCGUAACGUUGCUAUUGUGGGUCAUCUUCAUCACGGAAAAACGACCUUCAUUGAUUGCUUGAUUGAGCAAACGCAUCCAGAAUUCAUGCGUGGUGACGAUAUCGAUACACGUUUUACGGAUACACUCUUCAUUGAACAACAACGUGGUUGCAGUAUCAAAGCGAUGCCAGUUACACUCGUCAUGGAGAAUUCACGUCAUAAAAGUUUUCUUCUCAACCUUAUCGAUACUCCCGGCCAUGUGAAUUUCUCGGAUGAGAUGACUGCAGCAUAUCGACUGAGCGAUGGUGUUGUGGUUAUAAUUGAUGCGCAUGAAGGGGUGAUGCUCCAAACGGAACGCGCAAUUCGUCACGCAGCUCAAGAGCGGCUUCCUGUCGUAGUGUGCAUCAACAAAAUUGACCGGUUGAUUCUCGAACUGAAAUUGCCGCCCACUGACGCCUACUACAAAAUACGAUUCAUUCUCGAUCAAGUGAACAGCUUACUUCAGACGUUCAGCGACGAAGCCGAAGGUGUGCAAGUAUCACCUUUACUCAACAAUGUUGUGUUCGCUAGUUCGCGUUAUAACAUUUGCUUCUCGCUGCAGAGUUUCGCUGAUUUGUAUGCGGAUCACUACGGUACGUUCAGUGGUGUUGAGUUUGCACGACGGCUUUGGGGUGAGCAGUACUUUGAUAAGAAAUCUCGAAAAUUCGUUAAGAAACCGCCACACUCGGGUGCGCCUCGUUCGUUUGUUGAGUUCAUUCUCGAACCAAUCUACAAAAUAUUCUCACAGGUUGUUGGUGAUGUGGAUACGUGUUUACCGUUGAUGAUGUCUGAACUUGGUAUCAAACUGAGCAAAGAGGAGCAAAAAAUGAACGUGCGUCCAUUGGUUGCACUCAUUUGCCGACGUUUCUUCGGCGAUUUCUCAUGUUUGUUUACUUUUUCGUAUAAGUUUUUAUUUGCAGUUCAUAUUGUUUCGUGA